UUAAAAAAAAAAAUAGUUUACCUGAUUUUUAAAUGGAAAAAUCGAUAGAAAAAAAUUGCCUUAUCUGCAUUCCACACGGAGCUGAAGUAAUAAAACUCGAGAGGAAGCGAGCUUACAGGGGAAAAAGCCACGAAGACAGAGCUGAAGCCAAACAACCAAAGAUGUUGAGUCUAUCAAUUGCUUCAGCAAAAACCGUUACCUUACCUCCGAAGCCCAAAUCUUCAAUUCCCAAAACUUCCUUCACUGGCGUCAGAAUCCAGCACUUAUGUCCACAAAGAUUGCAUUCUCAAACGACUUCGGUUCGAAAAUCAUCAGCGUUUUCUUCAGUGGUAAUGAUGGCAAAGAGAGAAGAGGAAUUGAAGGAAAUAAGACCCAAAACGACUGAAGAAAUCAACGAUGAAGUGGUUGAGUUAAAAGGAGAGCUUUUCAUGCUUCGUCUUCAGAAAUCAGUUCGUAAUGAGUUCAAGUCUAGCGAGUUUCGGCGUAUGCGCAAAAGCAUUGCUCGCAUGCUUACUGUUAAACGGGAAAGAGAGAUCGAGGAGGGCAUCAACAAGCGAUUGUCAAGAAAGCUUGAUCGGCAAUGGAAGAAAAGCAUUGUUGUGAGGCCACCCCUAUCUUUGAUAAAAUUGCGAGAGCAAGAGGCAGCCGAAGAAGCUGAGAAAUCUGCUGCUUGAGCCACUCCAGAUACUUAAACAUUUUCAUGGCUUGAGAAGAGCUCUUUUAAUUGUUGCAGUUUCUAUUUUAGACCAUUUUGUGCAUAAUAUUUUGUUGUUGAAGCUAGGAUUCUUUCUAUUUUUGGUUUAGCUGAGAUUUUUUAUUGCCCUGUGUCUUCUUUCUCUGAUGGGAAAGCGCUUGAAAAAUUCGAUCUUACCAAUUCUGAUUGUUACUAAAUCCUCAUUGUUGGAGCGUUCAUUUUUUAUAGUCUUCACCAAUAAAGCUUGUGA